GCUUUUGUUUUCCGUUCAUCACUUUCGGUUCUGACUCAUUGAAACCGGCUGAUCUGAUCCGCCCUCAGCAAAGAGAAACGAAACUAGACCGGUAUUUAAAGACUGACGAGAUGAAAGAUGCACUGGCAGCCUACUUGAGACAUCAUAACCAGAGAUAUUAACAGCUGUAUAAUGGUCAAUCCAAGAGGAGGAGGACAACAAAGAGGAAGAGGAGGCUUCCCUGGCCCUCAAAGAAGAGAUGGUUCUGUGCCUGGUCAAAGACAAGCAAGUGGGUCUCCUAAUCGAGGCAGAGGAGGUGGCCGAGGGGAGGGAGGAGGAAGAGGAGAUGGAAGGGGUCGAGGUCACCAACAAGCUGGUGGAAGUACAAACAGCCAAAGGGAAAGAUGUCGGGAUGAACAAGCACAAGGUGCAAGAGGAGGUGGAGGAGGAGAUGGAAGGGGCAGAGGACCGAGAAGAGGAGAAAACAAGCCACAUCAUCAGGGGAAUGCAAUUGGGAAUGGUGACCACCGCCCUGUGAUAAGGGGACGCCCAACAAAUGCACCCUUACGAGCAUUUGGGAGACCUGGUUUUGGGUUCAUUCAUCAAAAUGUUGUCAAUUAUUCUCUUCCGGAUCCUCUGAAUUCAAGCAACCGCUCUGAAUACAUAUACCGCCACCAAGCCAGUGGAAACAUGACUGGAUUCACAAGUCAGAGUCGGUCCAAAAGUUGUUCCCGAGUCGGACCACACGGUGAAGAACGUCAAAGAGGAAGAGAAGAAGCUAUGAGAGGUAGAGGGGGUCAUGGGAGAGGAAGAGGAAGUGGGAGAGACGGCACACCUAAUGUACGCAAACUGGGGUAUAAAACACUCGAAGGUCUUCUGGAGAAAGAAGCGUCCGAGGUAGCCAUCACCCUUUCAUCUAACAGUGGGCUUAAGAAUCUGCUUGCGGAAGAUGAGAUGAGAAGCGACUUGGUGCAGCUGAUCUGUCAGGUUCUCUACAAGGCCUUCCAGUCUCGAAUCGACCGCAAGAUCGUGCUGCACUUGGCUGGCGUCGUCAAGGACUCAAAGUUUUUCCGUAACAACCUGCCGUGUCAUGUGAAUGGAAUGACGUUAGAAUACGUGCAGGCCCGAAGGGAUCAGUAUCCCCAACAUUUGAGCAACAUCAUCAGCCUUCUCUCGGAUGUCCUCAAUAUGUUUCCACAAAGCUCUGUCCAGUCUGUCUCAAUGUUGGUGAAUCUUUUGAAACCAACCAUCAACCAGUUGCGUGCCUCUGGUGUGGAUAUUCUCGACAGUACCGAUGAGGACUUGGAGAGGGUGGAGGGUUUGGUGAACCAUCUCCAAGAGAAAUCAAGGGAAGGCACCUUGCGGUCGGAUAAGUACUCCUUCCUUGCAGAUGAUGAGGAUGCCCCACCUGGGGAGGAAGACUUCAGGGUGAUGAGCGUCUAUCCAACCUUUGAUGAGUUCCACCUAGACCAGAAGCCUUUCCUGAGACCCAACAUAAUGUCUCAAAGCUUCCCUAAUGCUCGCAUCUAUCUAGACACGCACUUCCGACUUCUGCGUGAAGAUUUCGUGAGGCCGCUGCGAGAGGGCAUCAAGAAGCACCUCCAAGAUAAUCUAGAUGGAGUACCAAUAAAAAAGAGGAUUUUUGAUGACAUCAGAGUUUACAAUGACACCCGAGUGGUUUUGCCGCUCUGCACAUCAACGGGAAUCGCCUACAAGGUGCAGUUUGACCCACGGCCUCUUAAGUUUGUCCGGUGGGAAAAUUCCAAACGUCUUCUUUAUGGAUCCCUUGUCUGUCUCUCCAUGGACAACUUCCAAACCUUCCUGUUUGCCACUGUGGCCGAUCGGGACCCUAAGCUGCUAAAGCACGGAGAGGUGAAUCUCUCUUUUUCUUCUGACAGCAGAGCCAGAAUGGCCAUGGUUCAGCCCUCAGACUCCUUCCUGAUGGUCGAGACCACGGCUUACUUUGAGGCCUACCGAUACGUCCUAGAAGGUCUCCAGGAGCAAGACGGAAAUGAUGUUCCCUUUCAAAGGUACAUAGUGGAGUGCAGAACAGAUGUAGAUCCUCCAGCUUACCUUCGGGUGCAGGGAAGGUCAUACAAUCUAUCGUGCAUUGUGGCAGAAGGGAAGGAGAAGAUUUCACCCUUCAACCCCCUGACUCCACACGCCUGGCCUGAUGAGGAAACAAUGGGUCUCGAUGAAAGCCAACUUCAAGCACUUAAACUGGCCUUAACCAAUGAACUGGCCAUCAUACAGGGGCCUCCAGGCACAGGCAAGACGCAUGUAGGACUAAAGAUCGCUCAGGCUUUGCUAGAGAAUCAUGAGGCCUGGUCAAAUGGUUGCCCUAUGCUGGUAGUCUGCUACACCAAUCAUGCGCUUGACCAGUUUCUAGAAGGUAUCCAUGGCUUCUUAAAAAAUGGUAUUGUAAGAGUUGGAGGACGAAGUAACAGUGAAACUCUCAAGAGUUUCGGUCUGAGGGAGCUGACCAGGGCGGCAAACUUCCGGAGAGGUUUGCCACAGCACCUGAGGAGAGCCCAUCAUGAGAUCUAUACAGAGAUGGAGGAAGCAGAGGAGCUCUUAAAGAGACAGACUGCCCAGCUCGAGUGCAGCUUGCGUGGCGUCCUCAAAGAAGACUUCCUGGAGAGAUACAUCUCUGCUCAGCACUGGGACAGCCUGUGUAUACAGCCAGAAUAUGAUGGAUUUGAGAGAGCGGGGAAGAAGAAGCUGUCAAUGAUAGCGGAGUGGCUCGGCAUCGGAUCCAAUGUGUUUUUGCAGGGGCUACAACUAACAGCUGGAGCAGAGGUGGCAGAUGAAGACGGGCCACAACUGGAGGGUGAGGAACUGAUAGAUAUAGAUGAAGAGGCGGAUCUGAUCCAGGCGGAGAGGAUAUUGGAGGAUGCAGAUCACCGGGAUAAAGACCAUCUAAAACGGAAAUGUGAGGAGAAAAGCAUCGCUGCCAUGGCUGAGAUGAUGUUGUCUUUGAACCUGAAUGAUACUGAACCUCAACCAGACCAAAGUCAGAUUCAGAGCCAGACUCAGCCUGAUCAAGAAGAAUGGCAGAUACAAGGCCACCAGAAGAAAAAAAUGAAACAAAUGGCUCGAAAAGAGCUGAGGAAGACUUCAACCAUGCGCGAGGAACAGGAAAGGCAUAUCAGAGAUGUGUGGAGCCUGAAUCUGAAAGACAGAUGGAAACUGUAUCGUCUUUGGGUUUUGCGCUAUCGGACUGAUCUUCGUACUAAAGCCCUCGAAGCUGAACAGGUCUAUCAGGAUGCGGCGGAUCGGCUGAAUGAAAUCCGUCGUCGUGAGGACCUGUUUGUGCUGAAGCAGGCUCAGGUCGUCGGUAUGACCACCACAGGAGCGGCUAAAUACAGACAGGCUCUGCAGGAGCUGCAGCCCAGACUGGUGAUUGUGGAGGAGGCGGCGGAGGUGUUGGAGGCGCACACCAUCACCACCCUCAGCAAAGCGUGCCAGCACCUCAUACUGAUUGGAGAUCACCAACAGCUGAGGCCUAGCGCAACAGUGUACGAUCUUGCCAAAAAUUUCAAUCUUGAAGUGUCGAUGUUUGAGAGGCUUGUCAGAGUGAACUUCCCGUUUGUGCGCCUCAACUACCAGCAUCGAAUGAGGCCAUGCAUCGCUCGUCUGUUGACUCCUCAUAUCUAUGAAACUCUGGAAAACCACCCCUCUGUGCUGAAGUAUGACAAUGUCAAGGGGCUUCUGAAAAAUCUUUUUUUCGUGAAUCAUUGUGAGACAGAGGAAGAGAUUAAGGAUGGACGGAGCCACCAGAAUCCUCACGAAGCUCAUUUUGUGGUCGAGCUGUGCCGCUACUUGCUGUACCAGGACUACAAGCCUUCCCAAAUUACCAUUCUCACAACCUACACCGGACAGCUUCACUGUCUGCGUAAGCUCAUGCCCUCUCCAGCUUUCGCUGGUGUCAAAGUCCAUGUCGUUGACAAAUACCAAGGGGAGGAGAAUGAUAUCAUCAUAUUGUCUCUGGUGCGCAGCAACCUUAAGGGCAAGGUCGGCUUCCUGAACAUACCAAACCGAGUCUGUGUUGCUCUCUCUCGUGCUAAGAUGGGUCUUUAUUGUAUUGGAAAUAUGGACAUGCUCAGCUCGGUUAAACUGUGGAGCAACAUCCUUCACACUCUAAGAGAGCACGACCAAGUAGGUAGUGCUUUGACUUUGAGCUGUCAGAACCAUCCGGAUAAACAGAUCCAGGUGUCCCGCGGUGAUGACUUCAAAGGGGCCCCUGAGGGUGGUUGUGAUCAGCCCUGCCAGUUCCGCCUGGAUUGUGGCCAUGUGUGCACCCGUAUGUGCCACCCAUACGAUGCCGAUCACAAGAAAUACAAGUGCAUGAAGAACUGUCCAAAGGAGUUGUGUGAACUGGGCCACAAAUGCACGAAGCGCUGUUACCAAGAGUGUGGUAAAUGCCGGGUACCCCUAGACAAGAUAAUACCAUCAUGCCAGCACAAUCAGAAGGUGCCUUGCCACCAAGACCCUGCAACAUUUGUGUGUCAAGAGCGCUGCCAAAAGACCCUCCCAUGUGGCCAUCCCUGCAAGUCAACUUGCGGAGAUUCCUGCACCUCUCAGUGCAUGGAGAAAGUUCUGAUGCAGCUGAAAUGUGGACAUAUCCAAGAAGAACCAUGCUGUAUUUCCAGAGACUACAAAAGGGAGCCAAACUGCAGAACUAGCUGUGGCAUCACCUUGAAAUGUGGCCACCCUUGCCCAGGAACUUGCCAUGGAUGCUAUCAAGGCCGCCUGCACAAAGGAUGCACCCAUAAAUGCCAAGCAACCCUUGUGUGUUCUCAUAAGUGUCGGGAACCCUGCGUAAGAGAUUGUCCACCAUGUUCCACACCUUGCGAGAACCGUUGCGUCCACAGCAUCUGUAAGAAGACUUGUGGCCAGCCUUGUGCCCCUUGCAUCGAACCCUGCGAAUGGCAGUGCCCUCACUACAGCUGUACCAAGCUGUGUCACGAACCGUGCGACCGUCCACCUUGUUUAGUUCCCUGUAACAACAGCUUACCCUGCGGACACCGCUGCAUAGGCCUGUGUGGAGACCCUUGUCCCGAUAAGUGUCGUGUUUGCCACAAAGAAGAGGUCACGGAGAUCUUCUUCGGCAGUGAAGACGAACCGGAUGCUUGUUUUAUUCAGCUAGAAGAUUGCAAGCACUUGUUUGAGUCCAAAGGAAUGGAUCAUUACAUGAAUCUCGACGAAGACCAAGGUGCUGAACUGGAUCAAAGGGCGAUCCGACUUAAGGAAUGUCCAAGGUGUCGCACUCCCAUCCGUAGAAACCUUCGGUAUGGCACUCACAUCAACCGCAGCCUGGCAGCCAUUGAGAUGGUCAAGGAGAAGAUCAAUGGUGUGCCUGAUAUUAUCAAGAAACAGCAAGUAGUCCUAAGAUCGCAACUGCGUGCACAGAAGAACUUGAAGAAGCAUCUUCCCAUAGAGUUUACCUCCCUUAAACAGAGGCUCAACACAAAGGACCUUUCAUUCCAACAACUUUGGCAUUUCGAGAACUUGAUGACCUUCCUCGAGAGUAUUGGGAAACUGAAAGAAAUGCAGGUAGAGCAUAUGAUGCCAGAUCUUGGCAAUAUUCAGGGGUUCUCCCACAAAGUUGAAGAAGCUUUGAAAUUCCUUUUGGAUCAAAGUCAGAGGUUUUCAGACCAGCAGGUUGCAGAUCUCGAACGUGAGUUGAAGAGACUCUCCUACCUGGCUGAGCUCAACGCGCGCUGCAAGAUGUCUCAGUUGAGACGUCCAAGCAUUGUUUUUGACACUGAGGUCCAACAAUUAAGAGACAUCCUGGAGGACACUUUGCCUUUCUCUGAGGGUCUUGAACGUACAGUCAAGAAAAUGUUCACAGAGCUGGAAGUUAAACUGCCGCUCAGCGGCCUGGGGAUCACUGACGAGGAGAGGGUGAUGAUACUCAAAGCCAUCGGUUUGAAUAAAGGACAUUGGUACAAAUGUCCAAACGGACAUGUAUAUGCAAUUGGUGAAUGUGGGGGUGCUAUGGAAAAAAGCACAUGUCCAGAAUGCAACGCUGAUAUUGGAGGUACUAACCACUCUCUCAUUCAGGGAAACGUUGUGGCGUCUGAGAUGGAUGGUGCACAACAUGCUGCCUGGUCAGAUACUGCCAACUUGGCAAACUUUGACCUGAUAAACUUUGAAGAUUGAAAUUCUUAGUUAUUGUUGCCUUCUGUCUGCAGAUAGGUGUUGGGCUUUAAUCUGGUAACACAAAUCAUGAAAUGCUGUUUAAUCAGGUAAGCAGGUUGCACCUUUUUUCACAGCAAGUUUUAAUUUAACAGUUACCAAGAGGGUUCAAAGUGAACUUUUUCUCAGCGCUUGCCAGUGUACGAUGAAACUGUACUUUGCAUUAUUUGCUUACAUUUAUGUUGUAGCCAUGAUGAGGGGAAGAAUAUUUGUUGUUCGGCAACUAGUCAACCUCUUGAUGAAUUGCUCCUUCCACUUACUGAUCCUCAUAUUUUCAUUUUGGUGGGGGAAAAAAGGAACUUUUGGUAAAAUUCUGAUGGCAAAUUUUCCCUAAAAGGUGCAGUGUCUAAAUUUUAGGGGCAUCUAGCGGUGAGGUUGCGAAUUGCAACCAACAGCUCAGUCUCACUUUUGAAGCACAUAGAGAAGCUACAGUGGCCAAAACAGGGCAAAUAUGUCAUCGUCUGAGACAGCAGAGAGUACCCAGUCAAGCAAACACGAUCUGUAGAGCAGUUUGUCCGCUUAGGGCUACUGUAGAUACAUGGCGGUGCAAAAUGGCGACUUAGAUGUAAGGAGACCGUCAGUGUAUGUAGAUAGAAAUGACUGAUUCUAAGUAAAAAAAAAACCCAAACAGUUCAUCAUGUAAAUUAUGAAAACAUAGUUAACAGAUCCUUCUAAAUAUUAUACACUGGAACUUUAACAUGAUGAUGCAAAUCAUUUGUCUCUUUGAUUUGAUUUGCUCAUGUCAGAUUAAAAAAGUGACAUGAGUAUCAAAAUCAUUCUUACUGCCUGCUAACUGAUGAGUAAAUUACUCAUCAAUGCCUAUUUUUAUUCGCAUUUCAUGCUUAGUGAUUGGCCAGCUGUAUAAACAUAGCCACUAUGUUAAGACUGACUUAAGAACUAGUUUGAAUUAGACCUUUUUGUGUAACUGAUUUUCAAGUUGACCCAUCUUAAAGAAAAAUUUUAAGAGUAACUUGUAAAACUAGUCUAAGCAGUUCAUGCAACCGGUCACUCUGUUUCUCUGGUUUAUGAAUAUUAUGCUCUGUACAUUUCAUGCAUUAGCUUUUAAAAGCAUAUUUUUCUUGAAAUGUUAAAACAGUUAUUAAAAAAAAAAAUCUUUUUUUUUUUUUUUUUAAGUUUGCUUUGUUUAAGUGCAACAUAUUCAUGCUCCUAUUGAAGGAUGUCAGUACAUAGUCUUAUAAAGCAGCUUGUUGUGGUCCUGGAUGCUGAUUGGUCAAUUGGAUUGAUAUGGUGUUCCAGGCUAUGACUUUAACCCCUGGUUUCACAGACAAGGCUUAGGUCUAGUCCUAGACUAAAAUGCAUGUUUAAGCUGUUUUAACUAAAAGCAACUUGCACUGACAUAUCUUAAAAUAUGUCACUGCCAUUGUUUUGUCUUAAGAUGCACAAUGUAUGUUUAUAAAAGCUACUUAAAUGUCCCAAUUGAACUAAAGCAUAAUCCUGGCUGAAUCUAAGCCAUGUUUGUGAAACCAGGCCUAAAUAUCCUGGAUCCAGAUGUGCUAACAUAAACAAUGUUAACCAAUGAAAUUACCUGUAGCUUACUUGUAUGCUCACAGAAGAAUAGCACUUAAUCAUAAAUAUGCUUAAUAAAAUCAUGUUUUAAUGAAAA